UGUUUUAACACAGGUCCUGAUUGCUCUUUGAAUGUCCCUUCCACGGAGUCUUACUGGAUUUUACCCAAUGUGAAGCCAUUCAGUCCUUCUGUAGGUCGGGCUUCCCAUAAGGCAGUUUUACAUGGAAAAUUUAUGUGGGUGAUUGGUGGAUAUACCUUUAACUACAGCUCAUUCCAAAUGGUGUUAAACUAUAAUUUGGAAAGCAGCAUAUGGAAUGUAGUACCAGUUGCAAAAGGACCUCUUCAGAGAUAUGGACAUACUCUUGCUUUAUAUCAGGAAGACAUCUAUAUGUAUGGAGGCAAAAUUGAAACAAAUAAUGGGAAUGUUACUGAUGAGUUAUGGAUUUUCAACAUACAGAGUCAAACAUGGAGUACCAAAACUCCUGCAGUACUAGUGCAUGGCCAGCAAUAUGCUGUGGAGGGUCAUUCAGCGCAUAUAGUAGAGUUGGACAGCAGAGACGUUGUUAUGAUCAUCAUUUUUGGAUACUCUGCAAUAUAUGGUUACACUAGCAUCAUACAAGAGUACUACAUUAGAUCUAAUUCUUGGCUUGUGCCAGAAACAAAAGGAGCGAUUGUACAAGGUGGAUAUGGUCAUACUAGUGUGUCUGAUGAAAUGACAAAAUCCAUUUAUGUUCAUGGUGGAUACAAAGCACUACCUGGCAAUAAAUAUGGAUUGGUGGAUGACCUUUACAGAUAUGAGGUUAAUACUAGGACAUGGACUAUCAUGAAAGAGAGUGGUUUUGCAAGGUAUCUUCAUUCAGCCGUUCUCAUCAGUGGAGCUAUGCUCAUUUUUGGAGGAAACACCCACAAUGACACUUCUUUGAGUAAUGGCGCAAAGUGCUUUUCUGCUGACUUUCUGGCAUAUGACAUAGCUUGUGAUGAAUGGAAAAUUUUACCUAAACCUAAUCUGCAUCGAGAUGUGAACAGAUUUGGGCAUACUGCCGUUGUCAGUAAUGGGUCCAUGUAUAUAUUUGGGGGGUUUUCAAGUGUUCUUUUGAAUGACAUCCUUGUGUACAAGCCUCCAAACUGUGAAGCAUUUAAAGAUGAAGAACUAUGUAAAAAUGCUGGUCCAGGGAUUAGAUGUCUGUGGAACAAAAACCAUUGUGAACCCUGGGAAUAUGGGCAAGCUAAUAAUGUCCUUAAAGCAAAGUGUCCCAAAAAAUCAGCUGCUGCUGAUGAUAGAUGUUACAAAUAUGCAGACUGUGCUAGCUGUUCUGCCAAUACAAAUGGGUGCCAAUGGUGUGAUGACAAGAAGUGCAUUUCAGCAAACAGUAACUGCAGUAUGUCGGUCAAAAACUACACCAAAUGUCAUGUGAGAAAUGAACAGAUCUGUAACAAGUUGACAAGCUGUAAAAGUUGUUCUCUGAAUCUGAACUGCCAGUGGGAUCCGCGGCAGCAAGAAUGCCAGGCCUUACCAGCUCAUCUGUGUGGGGAAGGAUGGAGUCACAUUGGAGAUGCCUGCCUCCGCAUAAAUUCUAGUCGUGAAAGCUAUGACAAUGCCAAACUUUAUUGUUACAAUUUAAGUGGGAAUCUUGCCUCAUUAACAACAUCAAAAGAAGUGGAAUUUGUUUUGGAUGAAAUACAGAAGUAUACACUUCAGAAAAUUUCACCUUGGGUAGGUUUACGCAAGAUCAACAUCUCCUAUUGGGGAUGGGAUGAUAUGUCUCCUUUUACAAACACAACACUGCAGUGGCUGCCUGGAGAACCAAAUGACUCUGGAUUCUGUGCCUAUCUAGAAAGAGCAGAGGUGGCAGGCCUGAAAGCUAACCCAUGCACUGCUAUGGCAGAUGGUCUUGUCUGUGAAAAACCUGUUGUUAGCCCCAAUCAAAAUGCUAGACCAUGCAAAAAACCAUGUUCCCUGAGAACUACAUGUUCCAACUGCACGAGUAACGGGAUGGAGUGUAUGUGGUGUAGCAGUACAAAACGCUGUGUUGACUCAAAUGCCUAUAUAAUCUCCUUCCCAUAUGGACAGUGCCUAGAGUGGCAGACAGCCACCUGCUCUCCUCAAAACUGCUCUGGAUUGAGGACCUGUGGGCAGUGUUUGGAGCAGCCUGGAUGUGGAUGGUGCAAUGAUCCCAGUAAUACAGGAAAAGGGCAGUGUUUGGAAGGAUCUUCCAGAGGACCAGUGAAGCCUGCCGGGGUGCACUCUCAUGAAAUGGUCCUUGAAACUAGUCUGUGCUCAAAAGAGAAAAAUUAUGAAUGGUCUUUCAUCCAUUGUCCAGCUUGCCAGUGUAAUGGACACAGCACCUGCGUUAAUGGCAACGUUUGUGAUCAAUGUAAAAAUCUGACAACAGGAAAACAAUGUGAAACAUGCAUGCCAGGAUAUUAUGGGGAUCCAACAAACGGAGGACAGUGUACAGCUUGCACAUGCAGUGGACACGCCAAUGUUUGCCACAUGCAAACAGGAAAAUGUUUCUGCACAACAAAAGGGAUCAAAGGAGACCAGUGUCAACUCUGUGACUCUGAAAACAGGUACCUUGGAAAUCCACUCAGGGGAACAUGUUACUACAGCCUUUUGAUUGACUACCAGUUUACCUUCAGCUUAUUACAAGAGGACGAUCGCCACCACACUGCCAUAAACUUCAUAGCAAAUCCUGAACAGUCGAACAAAAAUUUGGAUAUAUCAAUUAAUGCAUCAAACAACUUUAACCUCAAUAUCACAUGGUCUGUUGGCUCUACAGCUGGAACAAUAUCUGGAGAAGAAAUUCCUGUUGUUUCUAAGGCUAACAUCAAAGAAUACCGAGAUAGUUUUUCUUGUGAAAAAUUCAACUUUCGAAGCAACCCAAACAUCACAUUCUAUGUAUACGUCAGCAAUUUUUCAUGGCCAAUCAAAAUACAGAUUGCCUUCUCACAGCACAACACCAUCAUGGAUCUUGUGCAGUUCUUUGUCACCUUCUUCAGUUGCUUCUUGUCCCUACUGCUGGUAGCUGCCGUCGUUUGGAAAAUCAAACAAACCUGUUGGGCUUCUCGACGGAGAGAGCAACUUAUGCGGGAGCGACAGCAGAUGGCCAGCCGCCCCUUUGCUUCUGUCGAUGUAGCACUGGAAGUAGGAGCUGAGCAAACAGACUUUCUACGAGGGCCAUUAGAGGGUGCUCCUAAACCAAUCGCCAUUGAGCCUUGUUCAGGAAACAAAGCAGCGGUCCUUACUGUAUUUUUAUGUCUGCCAAGAGGAUCGUCAGGAGUCCCACCCCCUGGGCAGUCAGGUCUUGCAAUUGCAAGUGCCCUGAUAGACAUUUCACAACAGAAGCCUGCAGACUGUAAAGAUAAGAGUUCAGGAGUCAGAAAUCGAAAACAUCACCUCUCAACACGUCAAGGAACUUGUGUCUGAGAUCUAGAAACUGCACUUGUAUAUUCUGUAAUGUUUUCUUUUUAAAUGGCUUCCAUUGAAAGCUAUACUACAGCCUCAGUUUUUAUGGAGGCAAAUCUAUGGAUAAUGGUGAUAGGUAAAUAUGUGCUCUGUUAUAUUCACACUUGCAAUCUACUGUGCCCCAAAGCAGAACAACCUUAUGACGAAUAUGAGUAUACUGAUCAGCUUUAGAUGAAGCAACAGAUUCUGAUAUCAUCAAAAUAUAAAAUAAAUGAAACAGCUCUCUUAAUCCUGAGCAAAUCAGAGGGGGGAAAGUCUUGACUACAUCUAGGAGAGACUAUGUUAUUUUGUAAUGAAGAAAGAAAUUGUAUAAUUGAAAAUUAAGCUUAACCCUGGGACGCUGAAGGACAUUUUUAUAGCUUAACACCAUGUUAAGAAUUGUACAGUUUUUUCUCCUUUCGAUCAGCAGUAAGAUAUUCUUUCAGAAAGGACUAACUGAAAAGGCUGAUGUGAAUUUAGGUGUUAUUUUAUCAUUUUCCAAAUUUUUGAAUGAAUAGUUAUUGCAAAAAUUAACGUGCAUAUAUUUCAGUGAUCAUACCAUAUGAAAAAACUUGAGUUGAACAUAUCAUAGUUUUUUACCUUCCUAAAGGCCCUGAAGUCGAGUCUGGGCUACAAUCGAAUGAUGUGUGGACAGUACUAUUCCACUUCAUGAGAUUUAUUAGACCUCUGAAUGAGAGAUAUAUUCUAAGCAUUGGUCUUCCUUGCCAACUGACUAACUCGUUACCAGAACUGACUGAAAAUCGAAAAGCCUGUUUUGCAAUCAAGUUCUUUGUUUCUCCAAAAGCUAUCUCCAGGAUUGCAAACUGAGGGAGAGUUUCACUUGCUGUUGUUGUUCAGUAGUCUACCUACUCCUGUUUCCUAUUGUAACAUCCUAAAACGACUAUAAAUGGUUUCCUUUCACCUCCUAGCAGAACUGCACCCCAACCAGCUCAUUGACCUUUCUCUAAUAAAUUGUGGACUUCUCUUCUAACUGUAGUUUCACAUGCUCUACAAUUUCGUCCUAUUUAAAGUAUUUUCUUGAAUACCAAAAAACCCCCCCAAACAAACCCAAAAAACAAACCAGCACAAAACCAGCUUGGUUCCAAGAGUGGUUUUCAGAUAAUUCAUUUAGUAUGAGACCUGACCAAAUCAGCAUUCAGCAGCAAAAAAAAAAAACCUAACAGGAGAGCAUCCUCUGACUGUCUGUUAGUCUAACAAGCUCUGAGGGGCUUGUUACCACAGUAAGCACUCCAGCAAACAGCCUCUUACAGCCCUCUUUGCUGUCUUUUCAUUUAGCCAUAAUGCUGAAACGUAGCAAAAUCAAGAGAGACUAAUAAGGGAGAGGUAGCAGAUGGGUUCUAUUCUCAUUUAUGCAUUAAAUGUCAAUGGCAGUUGGUACAAACUCAAGAGUUUUGGUAGGUCUUACUUGGAAGUGCAGUUUAUGAACUCCAAGUUUGCCAAGGUGCUAAUGUAGGGGAGAGCCGGAGAGGUAUAAAUGCCUCUAGUAUAUCAUAGAGUUUUGGUAAAUAUGAAAGAUAUUUAAAGAUAAUUGAUGUUUUACUACUAUAUCUGUAUUUUUCAUUUUCUUUUUCUUUUGGGAAGGUGAUGACAUUUUAAUGUUUACAAUUGAUUACAUAGUUACUUGCAUGCCAUGGUGCAGUAGCAGUAAUAAAGCCCUGUUGUGAGUUGA